UAUUAUACUUUAAAUUAUCAGACUAUGAAGCCGGCACCGACUGUCAAAUUGAACAAUGGCUACGAAAUGCCCAUCUUGGGUUUGGGUACAUAUAAUUCGAAGAACAAUGAGGGCGAACUAGCUAUAAAGCACGCCAUUGACAUCGGAUAUCGGCAUAUAGACACCGCCUAUUUCUACCAAAACGAGGCGGAGGUGGGCAAGGCCAUUCGCGAUAAGAUUGCUGAGGGUGUGGUCAAGCGUGAAGAUAUUUUUCUAGUGACAAAACUCUGGAACAUACAUCAUGAUCCCAAACACGUAGAGGCUGCGUGCCGCAAGCAGCUAUGCAACUUUGGCUUGGACUAUAUAGAUCUGUAUUUGAUGCACAUGCCGGUGGGCUACAAGUAUAUCGAUGAGGAAACGCUGAUGCCGAAAGACGAGAACGGAGUGCUUCAGCUGAGCGACGUUGACUACUUAGACACAUACAAGGCCAUGGAGCAGCUAGUUAAAAUUGGCCUUGUUCGCAGCAUCGGGGUGUCCAACUUCAACAGCGAACAGCUGUUGCGUGUGAUAAACAAUUGUGAGAUCAAGCCGGUCACCAAUCAGGUAGAGUGCUCACCAGCGAUUAACCAGAAGCAAUUGGCCGCAUUUUGUAAACAGCACGGAGUCACUUUAACUGCGUACACGCCACUUGGCAAACCCAAACCGGACGAACAGAAGCCAGAGUUUCUGUAUGCUCCCAAAGUGAAGGCUAUAGCUGAAAAAUAUAACAAGACGCCGCCACAAAUUGUACUGCGCUAUUUGGUGGAGCUGGGUGUUCUACCCAUUCCGAAGUCAUCCAAUGCCGGUCGCAUAACUGAGAACUUUAACAUCUUUGACUUUGAACUGACCGAGGAUGAGAAAUCUGUGCUGGAUGGUUAUAACACGGGCGAACGAAUGGUGCCUUUGAAUUUGAUCAAGGGUCAAAAUCACAAGUACUAUCCAUUUGCCAUUGAGUUUUAAAGCAAAAGCUUAGCCAGUGCACAUGUAAAUAAUUAUUAAUGUGUUAAAUAUAGAUUGCAAUUAGCAUAUGCUUUUCAAUG